AUCGACGUCACACUCAGCUUUGUCGCCAUUUUAAUAUUUGGAAACGAAUGAUUUCCACGAAUAUCUCGUUUAUCACGUUUUAGCGAGCGCUGGUUUUACCAAAAUCGCACACAGUGAGUACCUCUGGGUCACUCCACACCAGACACCAUGACUAUUUUACCGAAAAAGAAGACCUCGAAGGAGAAAAACGACGGAGAAAAUGUAGCUGACCACACGAACAAAUCCAGUCUAGGUCAUCGCGAUCCGACCCACCCAGUGCACGGUCGGACGAGUCGAGCUCGCAACUCCCCUCCACACUGGCCUCCGCACGGAUACAGGGAGGAACAGAGAACUCCGCACGAUCCGGGCCCGAGCGUCGAGCCCGUGGAUCGUCUGGAGGGACCCGCCCCGCAGAAUAAACGAAGGCACCUGGUGUCUCCACAUCGCCAUCACGCCCGAAAACAUCGAUCAACAGCGCAGCCCGUCGCUGGCCCGUACGAACAGAGCUUUCAGAUCGUGAAGGAGCCGUCGGCGGUCGAGAUCGAGAGAGAACUGGAGAUUGACGUGUCUGGAUACAACAGCGGAGACGAGUACGCACUGCCUGCUAUCGACAUGGAGGAAGAGGAGGAGCUGGAGAGAAGAUUGGAACAGGCGUUGAAGGAGAAAAACGGAUUCGAAAUCAAGAGAAUGCAGGAAGACGGCGCCUGUCUAUUUCGAGCGAUCGCCGACCAGGUGUACAUCAAGCUGUUUCAGAGCAACCACCGGACGGACUCCGACGUGAUACGGCUCAGCUACCACAAGAACAUGCACUACAACUCCGUCAUCAACCCCUACAGCGCCACGAUAGGAGUCGGGCUCGGACUGCCAUCGUACAAACCCGGGCUGGCAGAUAGGAAUCUGAUGACAGAAGCCAUGAAGAAAUCCGAGGAGUUAGCUAUUGAACAGGCGAUGCUGGAGGAUAAGGUUCGUGCGACGGACUGGGAGGCGACGAAUGAAGCCAUAGAGGAGCAGGUGGCGCGCGAGUCCUACCUGCAGUGGCUGCGAGAUAACGAGAAGAGGGCCACUAACGAGCCGGUGAGUCAUCCCGGGGGUCUCGGCCAGCGCACCUGCAGCUCUGCUACAGCGGCGACAUCUGGCGGCGAGAAUUGGUGGGAGCAGCCGCGCACGUCGCGGUCGCCGCGGCAACGCAGCCACCCGGGAUCGCCCGACAGGCCUCAGCCAAUGGCGGAGGACGAGGACGUUUUCUUCGCAGGCCUCACGGAGAGCGAGUGGGAGGAGCAGCACAUUCUCGCACAGGUGCUCGCCGAAUCGCAGCAGGAGUACUACGCCACCAUGCGGCGCCACCACUGCAAGCCCGACGACGCCGGCGCCACCAACAGUUAAUGGCUGCCGGCGCUCGCUGCGACCGACGCACCACGAGGGGGCGCCGCGCGUGUAGUGGCGGGGAUCGGCGAAUAAAGACGACCCCUCCUCUCUGCAGCCUCUGGGUCACGACCCAGUGGACUGUGGCGCGUCGCAAAUUUCGGGAAUCGGGACGGGUCCGUUCCGUGUUUUCGGCGCACCCCGAGAAGAGUUCCUCUCCGCCAGGUGGCGCCAUGCUCCCACUUUCGAGUCGCGUCGCCCCAGCGCGAAAAACGACGUUUGAGUCCAGUAGGGGGCAUUGGGAAGGGGGGGAACGGAUACUUUGUAAAUAGCAAUGUCAGUGUGUGAAGGAGGAAGGGCGGUGGUGCGCGCAGAAGGAGGAAGAGCGGGGCGCACGCACGGAAAUAGGAACAGCGGAGGAUGUGCGCGCAGAAGAAGGAACGGCGAGGGUGUGCACGGAAGAAGUAACGGCAGGGGGUAUGCACACGGAAAUAGGAACAGCCGAGGAUGUGCGCGGAUACGCUUGAUAAAAGGAAUAGCGGGAAGUGCACGCGGGAGGAUGAAGAGCGGGGAGUGCGCUUAAUAAAAGGAACGGCAUGGGGUGUGCGCGCGGAAGAAGGAACAGCAUUUAGUUGUCUUUCGUUAUCGCUUCGUUAUCGCUUCGUUAGCGUUGUCCGUCUCUUUGUACUAUCUGCUACGUACGCGUGCUCGCGCCUGCGAUACCGGGAGUGGGUGGGGGAGGGAAAAAG